AACUGAAUCAGAUGUUAGAGUCAGUUUGCUGCUCAUUAAUCAGACCUGAUGAGUCUCAGGUGAGCUGCUCUCCUGGUUCAGACUCAGAAAAGCUCAAACGAUGCCUCCUCUUCCUCUUUACUUCCUGUUUCCUUCUUGUUUUCUGUUUGGUUCAGUUUGGAGUUUUCAACACGGACCUGUAUUUGAGUCCGCCUCGGACUCCGUUGAAGAUGGAGUCCUCCCAGCGGCGGAAGAGGAUCAGACCGUGGUCGUGACGUGUCACCAGGACAGCGUGGAGGUGGUGGUGAGAGCCCACCUGCUGGACCCGGGCCUCGUGGGACUGGGGCUGGGUCCUGAUGGGGCAGGAGGGGGUCCCUGCACUGCCUGGCUGUCUGCAGAUGGACACCUCUCCAUCCGGGCUCCUCUGGUGGGCUGUGGGAGCAGAGUGAUGCUUUCAGACGGAGACCUGCUGUACUUCAACCUGCUGCUGCUGCUCCUCUCUGCACCUUCAGGCCAAGGCUCCAAGGUGGAGGCGGCUGCUGUCCCGGUGCUGUGUAAACGUAGAAGGAGGUUCAUGGUGAGCAGUGGAGCUCUGAGGCCCACRUGGACUCCUCUGGUCUCGGUCCACUCGGCUCGGCUCAGCCUGGACUUCACGCUCAGGUUGAUGACAGAUGAUUGGACCGAUGAGAGGAACUCUCCUGUUUACUUCAUGGACCAAACGGUCAACAUGCAGGCCUCCUUAGACCUUCGUCACCCUCCUCUUCGUCUGUUUGCUGACAGCUGUGUGGCCACGCUGACCCCUGCUGUGAACUCUCAGCCCAGAUAUCCCUUCAUAGACCACCAGGGAUGUUUCGUGGACUCCCUGCUGAGCGGCUCCGUCUCGCGUUUCCUGCCCCGAUUCCAGGACCAAGUCCUCCAGAUUCAACUCCAGCCUUUCCUCUUCUAUCAGGACCACAGACACGACAUCUACGUCACGUGUGUCCUGGAAGCUGAGCCCAUUUUGAAAACAGAGAAAAAAGCUUGUUCUUUUAUAAACGACAGCUGGAGGUCAGUGGACGGUGCCGACCAUGUGUGUGAGAGCUGCAGCAGGACUGAAACCAGCCACAAGAGUGCGCACAGGAGCCGCAGAGCACACAGGAAUAAAGAGCUGCACAGAGAAACCACUUUGGGUCCGAUCAUAGUUGUUCCAGAACGGACGGACGACAGAGAGGAUCGUGGGAAAUCUUACAGAGAACCAUAACUUUUUAAAAAAAUAUUAUUAAUUUGAAAACAAAAAGUGGGCAGAGAAAGGGAGUUAUGACAUUUUAGUGUUUAUUUGCAUUUGUAUGUGAAAUAUAAACUACUUUUACUUUAAUGUAUUUCAGUAGARCAGAGUGAUUUAUUUGUAUGAUCAGAUUAUUAUUUAACAGUUAAUGGAUAAAGGAUUUUCAGAUAUGUAGAAACACUCUUAUGACAGUGAAACUCUAGGUUUGAAAUGUAUUUUAUUUGU